AUGCCCCAAACCGACCCUCAACCUCACCCACCGCGUGUGGUCGGUCACUUAAUCCUGGGCGAGCUCAUAGGCGUCGGUGCGACGAGCUCGGUGUACAAGGCGGUGGAUCAGCGGGACGGUCGCGUCAGCGCAGUCAAAGAGAUCUCUUUAAUCGGCGUCGAUUCUCAGGACAUGGAGCGAAUCACGGCGGAAUUAGAGUUGCUGAGUAAUCUCGAGCACGCGAACGUGGUGAAGUACGAGGGGGCGAGGACGAUCGGGGAGUCGUUGUACGUUGAGUUGGAAUUCGCCGAGAACGGUUCGCUCGCGAGGACGGUACAUCCGAGCAGGUUCGGUGGAUUCCCAGAGAGUCUAUGCGCGGUGUACGUGGCGCAGAUUUUGAGGGGGUUGGCGUACUUGCAUGGGCAAGGCGUUGUACAUCGAGACAUCAAGGGGGCAAACAUUCUGACGACGAAGGAGGGCGUGGUGAAGCUGGCGGAUUUUGGCGUCGCGACGAAAGGGUCUAGAGUUGGCGGUGGGGACGGGUUAGGACGUCGAUUCGGUCUACUAAAUGAAGCAUCGCGUAAGAUUGCGUCGAUGGAGAACAGUGAGGAGGCGAAUGCGGACGGUGAAGCGAAACCGAACGACGCGCUCGGGACGCCAUAUUGGAUGGCGCCAGAGGUGAUCGAGAUGCGCAACGUUACCGCGGCCGCGGACGUGUGGAGCGUCGGGUGCACUAUCAUCGAGUUAUUGACGAGUAAUCCGCCGUAUUACGAUCUCGAUCCGAUGCCGGCGUUGUUUCGCAUCGUUCGAGACAAGCAUCCGCCGCUCCCGGCUGGCAUCUCGGAUGCAUUGAGGGAUUUCUUAAUGCUUUGUUUCAAGAAGGAUCCAAAGGAUAGGCCCGCCGCGGAGGCAUUGUUGAGUCAUACCUGGCUCACGGACGAGCGGUCGCUGACGGAGCAGCCGAGAGAGGUGGGGGCGUUGAUUGAUCGCGUGGCGAAUAUCGGCGUCGAGGCAUCGACAAUGAAGCGUGCUUCGUCGAGCUCGGACGCGCUCAAUCUGUUGGGAAUAAGCACGUCGAACGGGAUGACGAAGGAACAAAUCGAUCUGAACGAAACUAUUGUCAGCGUCAUGGAUCGACUUCGGAGCGCGUUCGCGGAUACUUCGUCGUCUGAGAACGUUGAGAUGGCGGGCGCGGAUUUUGUGCAACUCAUGGAUAGUUCGACGAGUUUCAACGUCACGAAUGAAACGCUCUUCACGACACGCGCGAACUGUACAUUCAUGAACGUCAUCAACGACGACGCAGCAGCGGAGACGACGCGAACGGUGGCGUUUGAGUGCGUCGCUGCGGCGAGCGCGGCGAGCAGAGAUGUCUUAACAUCCUUCGUUACUAUGGGCGUCUUACCGAGAGCCUUGGAAGUUCUCAGGAGGGAAAACGCGAGCGCACGAGCGAAGAUAGCGGCUUUGCGUUUGUGUCGAGUCACAGCGAAGGCUGGGCCGGUGUUCUCGCGAUGUCUUGUUUCGUGCGGAGCGCUUCCAAUUUUAGUUGGCGUCCUGGACGAAGGUUUCGGCGGUAGCGGUCGCGAGCUGACCAAGUACGCCCUGAGCGCGAUUUACAUCGCCGCGGAGAUCGAGCGAGGCGAUCAGAUGCCGAGGCAACUAGGUCAGGCGAUCUCACUCUCCUUGGCACAGGCGGGGCUGUUCCCAAAACUCGUCGCGCUCCUCGGCUCCACGCACACGGCGAGUCUCGAGGACGAAGCCAACCCAGAGGUAAUGGACGAUACGCGAAGCGAGGGUGGGUCAUCCAUGACGGGUUCAAUCGGAGGCACAAGCACGCACAGCGUCUCGCGAGGUCUCUACUCGAGCGGUGGAAGAUAUUAUCGCGAGCUCGUCGCCGAGACGCUGUAUCGAGUGGCGAAACGCGGCGACGGGUGUCCCGAAGUUUCCAAGUCUCUCGUAGACGUUCGAAUAAUCCAUGGGUGCUUGGCCCAACUCAGCGUCGUCCCGCGUUCGACGGCGACGAAACUUUUGGGCUUGGUACAUCUCUUGUCGAAACAACCGGACUCGUUUGACGUGCUGCAACACUCCGGCGCAAUUCCGAAACUCGUCAAGUGCGUCGAGGGGAAUGUCAAGAGCGGACAUGCGCAGUCGUGGGAGCUCGCGCUCAAGGCGUUACAUAACUUGUGCGCGAUGAACAAGGAGCGGCAGGAGCAAGCCGCCGUGGCGGGUUUGAUACCGAUCUUGGUAAAGAUUGUUGCCGAGAGGAACGUCGCACAUACGGUUCAACAAUCGGCGAUGAAGCUCGCCGUACCUUUGCUGUGUGACAUGGCGUCGGCGAGUCGCAAAACGCGGGAGCUUCUCGAGAAACACGGAGCGCUGGACGCGUACGUCGAGCUAAUUUCGGUGGAAUCCGGUUGGACGCUCUCAGCGCUAAACGCCGUGGGCUCUUGGCUCGCCAUCGAACCUUGGAAAGCGGAGGCUCGCUUUCUCGAACCUGACGCCAUCAACUCCAUCUUAGACGUCUUGGAUGAGUCAACGUCUCAAGAUAACAUCAUGCAGGCGCUUUUGAACCUGAUUUCCACCUCCCCGCGGCUGUGUCAGGCGCUCGCAAACGAGCACUUCAUCCCGCCGCUCAUGGACGCCCUCACGACCGCCGCCACCAAGCCCACGACCAGGAUCACGCUGCUCAAGAUGCUCGGUGUCGUACACGAACACGCCCAGCGCCCAAAAGAGCUCAUCAUCCGCUACGACGUCGUCGCCAGGCUAAAGCGCCUCAUCGAGGGCGUGACGGACGAACGCUCCAGCGGCGCCGUCGCCCAGCUCGUCGACAAAAUCCUCCGCUCCAUGCGCCUCACGCGCGUCGCUUGA